GCUUUGGACAGAGGGUGUCAUCAAGCCGCACUGACAGCUUCCGUGUGUGGAUCGAAAAGAAAGGAAUAAUACGUGGAUUUGCGCAGCAGAUCAAAUUGGUUUGUGCUCUAUUAUUUUGCUCAGCGAAAGUACAACAUUGACUGCGUUUAACAGAGAAUACAUCCUUUCUCCCCAAAGAACAAGAAGAAAAAGAGAUUCUGAGAUUAUAGAUCAGUGUGUAAAUAAGAUCUGCUUUCUUACAAUUGAACAAAAUGGAGAGUUUGGCAAAAGCAACCGACGAAUGUAAAAUGGAGAGUCUGGCAAAAGCAACCGACGAAUGCAACGAACAGCUAAAAGCGAGCUCACUGCAAGAUAAGCCUAGUCCGAGUCGGAAGCAGGAAGCAGUUUCAGUAGGCAGUGGAGAUCAACACAAAAGAGAUCAAAUGACCGGUUACGAUACUUUGAAACAGAUUGGAAAAAAGCAUCGAGCUGAGCAUUUCAGUCUGGGAGAUUUGAAAAAGGACUACAGCACGGCGUUCGAACAAAAUGUGCAGCUGUUUGGAACGCAAGUACCGUUCAGUAAAUUGUUUGCAGUCUAUUUAGAGAAUGAUUAUGAAACAAGCUAUUGUAAUUGUAAUGUAGGGGAUACAGAGGUCAGUUUGAGUCAUGCACUUUGGAUUUUAAACAAAUUCAACGCAAAUCCGACUGAAAAUGAACUAGAUUUUAUAUUGGAUGAGCACAUAUUUGUACAGCGGAAACUAACUCCAGUUAAAGAUUUGUUACAGAGUAUGUCGUCGCCCAAUGUCGAGGAUUUGUUCGAUAAUUUUAAAAAAGGUUACUCUACGGAAUGGGACGCCAGAUUCUUGAGCUAUUAUGACAAAAAAUCGAAAGACUACGUACCUGUGCAUGAGUUUAACGACACUUUCUCCGAUGCUAAGGAGGAAUGGCUAAGGAGUAUACCGCUACAGCCGCAGGUUGAUUAUGAAUAUAGCGAAGAAAAUUUACAUGAGCUGUUGGAUGAUGACCACAUCCCAAUGUUGCUUAUCGUGGGUCCGGCCGGCAGUGGCAAGAGCACCUACCUACGCUGGUUGGCGCAAUAUAUCGAGCAGUACAAUCCCGCCUGGUGGGUGGUACGAUUCAGUGUAACCGAACAUUCGUGUUAUCUAAGCGCCAUUUUGAAGGGAAUGCAGUCUGAAACUGGUAACAACUGGAUGGCACCACAGCAGCAAGCGAUACAAACGUUAUUUCGUAUUUAUUUUUGCGUCCACUUUCAUUCGCUGGUAAUUACCAAUUUCCAAAUAGGAAAUUUAGUUCGCUAUUAUUUUCAUGGUGGACGGCAAGCGCUCAGUGACGCCGAACAAUCAGCAGAGAAAUGUUCCAGCUUUUUAAAGUUUGCGGGCUCAAAAUUAUAUCUGAAAUGUACGUGUCCGUUAUCAUUCGAGCAAACAGUAAUGCUACGCCUGUUUGUGGAGAAAUUUAACGCAAAUGAACUGUGGCUGCUGUUCGAUGGAUUCAACGAAUUGCCGCAAGGUGAUAAGGCUUUAGUAUGGAACAUGUUCACUGUCCUACAAGAUGUUGCCACUAAAAAGACGAUGCGAGGACUGUACGUCACAUCUCGUACGGAGGAGCCUGAUUAUUUGUUUCGACGCGAGACGCUGUACCUCAAGCCGUACUCAGUCGCGGAUCAGAUCGCACACAUUAACAAGCAGUUGGAUAACAUUGAAUUCUGUGGACUGCUAUCAGUGGAGCAGCGAAAAGAACUGUCCCUCACAUUCUAUUUACUAACUAAUCGGCUUGUACCGAGCUGCUACAAAUCGAUCUUAGCAGAGCCACUGUUCUUGGAAAUGUUCUGCCGACUAUGGGUUGCCGUGAUGCCCAAUAUGUUGCAGUUGGAAAAUUUUACCAUUUCGCGGAAGUUAAUAGACUUCCUAGCUGAGCCUAGAUAUUUAACUAUAUAUCAACUACUUCAACAUUUUAAUAGCUUUCGAUAUUACACCGGAAAUCUUUCGUCUAUACGUAGGGCCGCAUGCAUCUUCCAAAACUCCGCCUUUGAAAUAGUAAGGCAUACGUGCGAUCUAGGCAUGCUCGCAAUGUGCACGCUCUUCGGCGAGCAAACAGUAAAGGCACUGCUGUCUCCACAUGAAACUGAGUUCACCAGUUUGAUGGAGCGAUUGCGCACAAGCAUUUUUAAAUCGCGCGGCGUGUUUAAAGGUGUCGUUAAUGGUGUGCCAAUAUUCAAUCAUCAACUGUUUGUGGAACUGUAUGCGGCAUCUUGGCUAUCGGAAAAUCUUCUAUCGCCCAAGGUAGCGUCCUUUUACCGAACGCAUGUGCACCCAUCGAUGGGAAGGGUGAGAACGCUUUUGGACAGUAUAGUCAUAUGCAAAUGUACAUACUUUGAAUCAAACACGGGAGCGCCGCACGGCGUGCGGCGUGCGUAUAGACAGUUUCCACACCAUAUCCAGUCCAAUGUAGUGGAUGAGUUAGGCCAUAGUCCAGACGCGUUGUUUCUGGCAGACACGCUUAGCACGUUGUAUAAUACGGGCGUAGAGGCCUACCAUUUGCUUGAUUGGGUAGAGAUCAUGCAGCAUGCACCAGCGGUCGGUACCCUAUUCAGUACCGUUGUAUUCAAAGCGACACCGAUCGAUGUUGCGAUGCGACAUGGUUGUGCAGAAGCCACUGGUCGGCUUAUGCGGACCGGUUCAGUCUUUCGUCCCACCGCAUUCGACGAGUACGCAAGCGUUCCGAACACCUGCAAAUGGAACGUGCUCAGCCAUUGCCCUACGCUGAUAUGCCAGGAUGGUGCAGCCAAGCUGGAGCAGUAUGUUUUCAAACAGCUGUACGAUGAAUUUACCAAGACCUCCUCAUUCGACGGUUGGUUGGGUGUUAACGCCUUUACACAUGUUUGGCAUCGAGGCAAUUUCAUGGCUAGGAAAUUUCAUUUAUUGGACACUUGGCGUAUGAAACAGCAGCAAAGCACCUGGUACCUUUGCUUUUUUAUUCAUGAACGCCAGUUGAUCGGGGACACGGUACGCACAAUGAAUGUGCUGGAAGGGACAAACGUUGUCACGCGAUUGAAGGAGGUAAAGUCGAAUAACCAGCCGGUAAGGUUGUUGCUCGCUCGUGUCGAGGAGCGUAAUGCUUCGCGCAACGAGAUGAUUGACUUGGCCAAACUGCACGCCACGGUUAGAGAUUUCGAGGCAAAAAAGUACGCUCCAUUGUAUCUGAACGCACCAACAGUGGAAAUCAGAUCAGAUAGUUACGAUGAUCUUAUGGAAAUAAUAUACGCUGAGGAAAUCGAGCACGGCCAAUCAAUUUUUAGGUUUUUCAUUAUUCAUUAGGUGUUCGGUGAAAAGUAGUAAACUAAGAUUAAAAAAUUGAUAUUAACACGUCAAAACGUCAUUCGAUAAUCCGCACUCAAUCCAGUGCGGAUUGACAGAGCGAAUAAAAAGAAAAGUUUAUUAUCGUCGUUGAUGUAGGUAGAGUGCAGAAACAAAUAAAAUGUUUAUUUUCAACCGAAAAAAAAACUACCCGUAUCCAUU